UUAGGUUUCAGUACAAGAGGACACAGGUGGUUUGAUGCUAGGCUGUGCCAGGUUCUUGUCUGUCAUCAAGCUGUAACAGUAUGACAGAGGCUGCUUUGUGGAGGAAAACCUAAAGUGUGAAGAGGUGGAAAAGGUCUGAAAAGUCAACAUACCGGUUGGACAGGUGAAAGCCAAGGAUGGGGACUAUCCCAAAUGACAUUAGGAGGCUUUUGGAUGACUGUGAGCUGUUUGUAGCGGAGAUCCUUCAAGACGAGGACCUGAGUAUAAGUGCCCAGGAGACACGGAAAGUCUUACUGAAUAACUUCGCGGUCGUCCAUCGAGGAAACCCUCAAGAAUUCCCCUUCCCAUCAUCUGACUUUAGAGACGAAGAUGGUUCUGAUGACAACCGCAGUUCCAGUCUGGGUCGCUCCGCCCCGUCAGACGACGCCUCUGACUACCAGGAUGAUGGAAACCCUGAGUACUUUGGUGAUAUUCCCCCUGUGGCAGCCCAGGACCUUGGCAACAUCUUGAAGCAAGGCUUCCUGGAGAAGAAACGACGAGAUCACAGUUUUUUCGGCUCCGAGUGGCAAAAGAGAUGGUGUGUUCUGAACAAUUCAAUAUUUUACUACUUUGGAAGUGAUAAAGAUAAGCAGCAGAAGGGCUCCUUUCAUAUCAUCGAUUACAGCGUGCAGCUCGCCACCAACCUGAGGAAAGACUCCAAAAAAAUGGCCUGCUUUGAGCUCUUUUGUCAAGGACGGCGGGUUUUUCAGUUCACUGCCAGCAGUCAUCAAGAGGCAAGGGAAUGGGUGGACCAAAUCCAUUUUGUGCUUAGAGAUCUCCGCUCCACCGCCAUCCCUUGCGAUGAUGACGAGGAGGAGGAAGGUGAGGGGGAGGAAGAGGAGACCUAUGAUGACAUUGAUGGGUUGACCAGCCCUCAACCCGGUCCUUCCCAGGUUCAUGGGCAGGAGACGGGGGAGGUCGAAGAGGAGGAUGAGGAUAUCUACGAGGUGCUGCCAGAUGAGGACUUUCCAGAUCCGACAGAUGAAAGCAGUGAGAAGAACAACAAAUCAGAUUACGCUAACUACUACCAAGGUUUAUGGGAUUGCCUGCCUGACGAGCCGGACGAGCUGAGCUUCCAGAGAGGAGAUCUCAUCUACAUCAUUAGCAAGGAGUACAAUAUUCACGGCUGGUGGGUUGGCGAGCUGAACGGCGCUGUGGGGAUCGUCCCCAAGGACUUCAUGCACCCUGCCUACAUCCUCUGAGCUCCAACAGCACUGUUGCUGACGCUGGCCAUACGUUUCAGAGUCGGCCCCUUCACAUUAUCUAUUGUUAUUUGAAAAGUAUUUUCUCUCAUAAGACUAAGUUAUAUCAUGAGGAUGUGCUGCCGUAGUACUUAUUCCUGUACACUUAAAAUCACUUAUAAACGUUUUUCCUUCAACAUUAAUGUUCAAACUCAAGCUAAAACAAGUUGACCAAUCAGUUUGUCAAUGAACAGAAAAUUAAGCGGCACACAUUUUGAUUGAAGUAAAUUAUAAGGAAAAGCAAAUUUGUUUUAUAUAAUUAUGAAUGUAAUAUAUUUGUGUUGUUGUACUACAGAUGGGACAAAGAAAAUAAGUUUUGAGUUUACAUUGGGCUCUGUUAAAUUGGGAUUUUUCAUAAACUUAAUAAAAUGAUCUGAAAAAUAACUAAAUGAAAAGAAGUGUUAGCUCUAGUGAUAAUUGUUUUUUUGUUUGUCAUUUAUCAAGAAAAGCUCCUAAAAUGUCAGUUUUCUUUGAUUUAUAUCAGUAUAACUUUUAUAUAUUUGUGAUUUUGACCGCCGGUUUGGCAUAAAAGUAAUUAAAAGCAAUCAUUGGGAUCUUUUAAUGGGGAUGUUUUUCAUAUACUAAACAGUUAUUUAUCACAGUGGUAAAUACAAAUUAAAAUAAUUGUUGGAUGCAGUCCUGAAUACUAAUGUAUCAAUUAACUGUUUAAAUUGAGAACUGUGUAGAUUGUUGUUUCUCAUUUUUCGGAUAGAGGUUAAAAAAAUAUCAGCGGAUGUGAUGUACAAUAUGAAUAAUAUUUUAAAUACAUUGUACCCAGACUUUAACUAAAAAAUAACCAAAAAUA